UUGGCGGGCGGCAAUGGACAUGAAUAUCACUUCAAACAUCGGGCUCUGCCUCAUGCCCGGUCUCGGCGUAGUAUUACCCAUACACGAUUACUCAAAAGUCAUCCAAUGAUACACACUGCUGUACAACAGCCCGGUUUCAAGCGUGUCAAACGUGGACUACGACCAGCCGUUCAUGCUAUCCACGGACUGAAAUUCGAUGCCACCUAUAAUACACAACCGAGUUCGGAAAGUACCGAACCGACAGAUCCUUACUUUCCCUUUCAAUGGUAUUUAAAGAAUACCGGUCAGAAUGGUGGUAAGGCACGUUUAGAUUUAAAUGUUCAGGCGGCGUGGGAUCAGGGUAUCACUGGGAAAAAUGUUACCACCGCUAUUAUGGAUGAUGGAGUUGAUUACAUGCAUCCAGAUUUGAAAUUCAAUUACAAUGCUGAAGCUAGUUACGAUUUUAGCAGCAAUGAUCCAUUCCCGUAUCCACGCUACACAGACGAUUGGUUUAACAGCCAUGGAACUCGUUGCGCUGGUGAAGUUGCUGCUGCUCGUGAUAAUGGAAUUUGUGGUGUAGGUGUUGCCUAUGACAGCAAGAUUGCAGGCAUUCGCAUGUUGGAUCAACCUUAUAUGACAGAUUUGAUUGAAGCGAAUUCAAUGGGCCAUGAACCACAUAAAAUUCACAUUUACAGUGCUUCAUGGGGUCCAACAGAUGAUGGCAAAACAGUGGAUGGACCUCGUAAUGCUACAAUGCGUGCAAUUGUACAGGGUGUUAAUGAGGGCCGCAAUGGUUUGGGCAACAUUUAUGUCUGGGCAUCGGGUGAUGGUGGCGAAGAGGAUGAUUGCAAUUGUGAUGGCUAUGCCGCUUCCAUGUGGACAAUUUCCAUUAAUAGCGCCAUAAACGAUGGUCAAAAUGCUCAUUACGAUGAAAGCUGCAGUUCAACAUUGGCCAGUACAUUUAGUAAUGGUGCCAAAGAUCCCAAUACUGGUGUGGCAACAACAGAUUUAUAUGGCAAGUGUACAACAACACAUUCGGGCACAAGUGCGGCAGCACCGGAAGCAGCUGGCGUAUUUGCAUUGGCCUUGGAGGCAAACCCCGAAUUGACAUGGCGUGAUAUUCAACAUUUGACAGUUCUCACUUCGAAGCGGAAUUCUCUGUUCGAUGCCAAAAAUCGUUUCCAUUGGACAAUGAAUGGUGUUGGCUUGGAGUUUAAUCAUUUGUUUGGCUUUGGUGUCUUAGAUGCUGGUGGCAUGGUCACACUGGCCAAACAAUGGCAUACCGUACCGCCACGAUAUCACUGUGAAGCCGGAGAAAUUUCGGAGACACAUCCCAUCUAUUCUGGCCGUUCUUUAUUCUUGGAAAUCAAAACGGAUGCCUGCAAGGGCACAGAUACUGAGGUAAACUAUUUAGAACAUGUCCAGGCUGUGAUUUCGGCAAAUGCAUCACGCAGAGGAGAUUUGGAACUGUUCUUAACAUCGCCAAUGGGUACAAGAUCAAUGAUUCUAUCACGACGCGCCAAUGAUGAUGAUCAUCGUGAUGGUUUCACAAAAUGGCCUUUCAUGACAACUCAUUCAUGGGGUGAAUAUCCUCAUGGUACAUGGAAAUUGGAGGCCCGUUUCAAUUCAAAUCAACCCCGUUCUGGCUGGUUAAUCGAUUGGUCUCUGGUGUUGCAUGGCACAAAGGAGGCACCCUAUCGCACCCUGUCACCAGCAUCACCUCACUCCAAAUUGGCCAUUGUUAAAAAGGCUCAUGAGGAAAAGAAAAUGCAGUAAUUUCAAAUU